AGACCAUCAAGUGUAAGGCCGCUGUCGCCUGGGAAGCUGGCAAACCCCUCAGCAUCGAGGAGAUCGAAGUUGCGCCGCCCAAAGCCCACGAAGUCCGAAUUCAGAUCGUCUAUACGGGAGUUUGUCAUACAGGUAUAUCUUGCCAAGUCUUAAUCCCGAAUCAAGUCCGAAUGUCCCGUUUAACAGUGGAGCAGAUGCCUACACGUUAUCCGGCAAGGACCCAGAAGGCGCAUUCCCUAUCGUCUUGGGACAUGAGGGAGCCGGUAUUGUGGAAUCUGUCGGCGAGGGUGUCACCAACGUAAAGCCGGGCGACCACGUUGUCGCACUCUAGUAGGCUCAACCCUACCCUCCUUACGUUCGCUAUCUCUUGGGCUAAUAUCGAUCAAAAGCACUCCCGAAUGUAAGGAAUGUAAGUUCUGCAAGUCUGGCAAGACGAAUCUUUGCGGCAAGAUUCGGGCAACCCAGGGUAGAGGUGUCCUUCCGGAUGGCACCUCACGCUUCACCUGCAAGGGACAACCACUUCUCCACUUCAUGGGAACGUCGACUUUCUCUCAGUACACCGUCGUAGCCGACAUCUCCGUCGUUGCUGUUCAGCAAGAUGCUCCUAUGGACCGAACUUGCCUUCUAGGCUGCGGUAUCACCACCGGUUACGGUGCUGCGAGAAUCACGGCCAACGUUGAGGAGGGUUCCAAUAUCGCGGUCUUCGGAGCUGGUUGCGUUGGUCUUUCGGUUGUCCAGGGCGCCGUUACACAGAAGGCGGGUAAAAUUAUCGUCGUGGACGUGAACCCAACCAAGGAAGAAUGGGCUAAGAAGUUUGGAGCCACCGACUUUGUUAACCCUACCAAGUUGGAUGGACAAACGAUUCAAGAAAAACUCAUCGAAAUGACCGAUGGUGGCUGCGACUACACUUUCGACUGUACUGGUAACGUUGGCGUGAUGCGAGCAGCAUUGGAAGCUUGCCAUAAGGGUUGGGGUCAGAGUAUUAUCAUCGGCGUCGCUGCUGCCGGUCAAGAGAUUUCAACUCGACCAUUCCAGCUAGUCACCGGUCGUGUAUGGAAGGGCUGCGCUUUUGGCGGUGUCAAGGGCCGAUCCCAACUUCCCGGCCUUGUCAGCGAUUAUCUAGAAGGUAGGUUAAAGGUGGAUGAGUUCAUCACUCACCGCGAAGAUUUAGACCACAUUAACACCGCGUUUGAGACGAUGAAGGCGGGCGAUUGCAUUCGUUGCGUUGUGACCAUGAAGGAAUAAAAAAUGACACUUGAGUCAAUAUCUUACCUAUAGAGCCGACUUGGAAUCUUAUGAAAAUGGGUCUGACGAGUCAUGAAAAUUAAGUCGCAAAGUGUAUCCCUAGCUUUUAGUCCAAGCAGUUUAUGAAUAUUGUCCUUUGAUAAUGAACAAUUUACUCCUUUUUUUUUCGCCCGCGUGAUAAUGAGGCGUAUUUUUUUUUUUUUUUUUUUUAGCGUGUAAAGGUCUCUCGCCAGCUAUCUUGAAGUUUUGCUAAUACGCAAAAAGUCACCAGCUUCCAUGUCAAAAGUUAUCGUAAGAGCCUCCUCUCCUAGUAAGCCCGUAGUUCAAGGCGAUUGUAGCAUUGCCAAUUAGCCAACCCGUGGUCUCUUUCAUAAAACGGGCACUAACAUAUAAAUGGGAUACGAACAUGCCAUGCGUUUCUUGUCGAUAUUGGAAGGUCUUACACGAGAAUAGUACUGUUCCAUAUACUCACACACAAAUUCGGGAAGAGAAUUAAAGAGAUGGAUACCAAAGAAGCCACCAAC